AUGAGCCACAUAUCCAACUCCGGCUUCCGCAUAUGGCCCGCAAGUCGUGUGAACUUCCCUUGGCAUCGAAGCGAACAAUUUCUCUGCUUUCUCCCAUUAACCCCCACCACCAAGUCGCUAGCCCAUCGCUGCCUCCAAUCUAUCCUCCUAGAGAAGCUCCCCCUCGAAGGCACCUUUGGUCUCACCGCGCGAAGUCCAUCGCAUCUGUCUCCGUCCCAAGCCUUUAGAUCCGAAAUUGCCGACCUCCACGAGUUGUUCCCCGUCUCUGAAUACCCGUAUCCGGGCGACAACGAGAGCUUGUCUUUUUCCGACGCGGCCGCCAUGGGCAAGUUCCGAGAAUUCAUUAUCACGUCCCCCAACAUGGAGGAGAUCUAUGAGCCCUUCGUGUUCGAAGCAGAGGAAGUCAAGGUUCGCGCCGACGGUCGUUUUGGGGUCAUAGACCCAUUCCAGUGGCCCCAGCUCUACUCCCAGCGAUUCGAGUUUGCGGUCUGUAUCCAGCGCAAGGACGUGUUCUACGCCAACGAAGUGAAGUGGGCUGCCUGGCAACACCUACACCCCGACGACAUCACCAAAGUCCCCGGGCAGCCACAUCUCCAUCAGCUCAAGCACGGUCGGUACGACCGCCUCUGUGAACUUGUGAACCAGGUCGUGGAGACGGUGACCCAUUGGAUCCAAGUAGAACGCGGUGGUCGUCCCCAUCGAAUCGCACAUGCACUUCGCAAGCUGCGCAAUGCACUCCAGCAACUCAACUCCCCCAUGCUCCGACGUGACAUAGUCGCCCUAUACGCUGAAGUUCAGCGUGGUUACCUCAGCAUCAGCGCCUUCUUUUCCUAUCUGCGAGACGCAUACCCUAUCAUGCGGAAUCCUGACUUCUACCCUGCACACGUCAACAGGCGGUGGAUGGGUGCAUUCACAACAGACCCUGUUGUAUGCGAGCGUCUGUACUUGGCUGGCGUCCCAGUUUGGUUUAUCCGCCUCAAGUCCCAGAUUCCACGUAACAUCAAGAUUAAACGCCGGGUCGCAUUGACUCAUCCUGAACAUAUUGUACGGAUCAACUACUACGACGAGCGCGCGCAUAUGCACCCUUUCCCUCCUCUUUGCCUCCCCAUCAAAGCUUGUGACGAUCGAAUCAACCAAGUGCUUCAAGGUUACGAGGCAACUAGCUUGGAAGGCGUUAUGCAGCUUCAGGAGCUCCCUGCGCAGGGCGCGCCAGGAUACGGGGGCAACAAGCGAUAUAAGGUCCAGGGACGUCACGCCGACAAGACAUUCUCAACUCGCACUACUUGGUAUGUGGUGGCGAACGAAUAUACACCGCACGUACCCAGCCUCUGGUCAAACGCUCUGGAGACGGUUCUUCUGAAUCAUCAGCGGCAGGAGGAUAUACGAAAGUCAAAAAACCAGCCUGCCUUCCGACCGACCGAUCUUGUCUCGCAUGGACAUCGCUUCCCGGACCCUUGCUCAUUGGUCACGAUGGACGACCCCGAGCGGAUGACUCGCAUGAUUGUUAACUGGCUCCAAGUCCGUAAUCGACGUAUCUCAGACGUCAAUCAGAACCCCUUCGUAUCCCAGCCAACGGGUCAACACUGGCGUGAUCUCCUCGACGGCAAGAUCAUGGACAACCUUCCCCAGUCCCAGAAUAAGAAGCAGGACAAGAAACGAAAGGACCGCGAGAAGGGCAGAGAGCGGUUUGGCCGUGACGUCAUCACUAUCCCGCAAUCUGGCAGCUUCUGGGAGGAGAACGAUACGAUAACCUGGCAAGGAACCGUCCUUCGGCCAAUCGAUCUGGCGAACGAGCAUCAUUGGGUGAAGAUGAUUGUAUGGGAAGCCGCCGAGCUCAACUUCCGGUUCGAGCUUCUUGCGCUCGACCAUGUCAUGGCCCAGUCCUUGUGGGCUCGCGAUCCUGAGGGUCGCAAGCGGGAGGUGUCUGCAGUGUUCCCCGGGCACGGUGGAUUGACACGGCAGGGCCAGUUCUUGCCUGACACAGAAAAGGAUGUUGGACUCAGUAGCCGUCACCCGUCAGCUGCCUCCGAAGCUUGGGAGAAGCUAAGAGUGCUGAUUUCUGUGUGGGAGGGGGCUAGUCAGUAUCCCCCCAUCGCGUGCAAGACGCUCGCGGACUUGUCCGCGGCGGCUUCGCCGGUUGCGCGCGCUUACAUCGAGGCCUUCCACUACCAAACAGGCAGGGCCCCCAUUGUACCAUUCGCGUUCCCGUUCCCUUGA